CCUGGAGAAGGCGACACAUUUUAAAAUUGUGAACAAAAAAAGAAAAAUCGUGCAGGAUGCAGCGCGAAAUAGCGCACAAUUUGUCCAGCGGGGAGCAGCGCAGCAAUGAUGUGGCACCUGGACAGGUGAAAUCAUUCGAGGAACUGCGAUUGAGCCGCUUAAUGAUGCGCGGUCUAAAGCGCCACAAUUUUGUGACGCCAACGAAGAUUCAGGCUGCUGCCAUUCCAAUGGCCCUGACUAAUAUGGAUCUGCUGGUACAGUCCAAAAGUGGAACCGGCAAAACCCUAAUAUAUGUGAUUGCCGCCAUGCAGGGCUACCACAGCAAGAUGACUCGUCCUCAUGCCUUGAUUGUGGUGCCCACUCGUGAACUGGCCAUCCAGGUGGAGGAUACAUUCCAAUACCUCUGCCAAUUCUAUCAGGACUUCAAGUCCACUGCCUUCAUUGGGGGCACCGAAGUGGCCAAAGAUCGCAGGCGCAUCAAGAAGAGUCGGGUUAUUAUCGGAACACCUGGACGCUUAUGGCAUCUUUAUCAAAACCGGGUCUUGGAUGUCUCAAAACUCGGACUUCUUGUGCUCGACGAGGCCGAUCAGCUAUAUCAAACUAGGGGUCUUCAGGAUACGGUCAAUCAACUCAUAGAGGUCCUGCCCAAAAACCGUCAAAUAAUAGCCUGCAGUGCCACCUAUGACCAGGAUUUGGAUGUGCGCCUGGCCAAGAUCAUGAACAAACCCAUGCUCAUAUCGAAUAGCGAAAGGGCCACCGUCCUCCUGGGCAUUCGUCAGUUCGUCUACGAGUUGCCGCCACAAACAAACAGCGUGGAGGAGAUGCGCUUAAAACUGAAAGUCCUGGCCGAGAUCUUUAGCCAGUUGCCCUACGAACAGGCCGUGCUCUUUGCCAGCUCCCAAAUGCGUGCAGAUUCGUACAAGAACUACCUGGCGGCCAGCGGAGUCGAGUGUCAGUUGAUUACUGGAGCUAUGGCACAAUCGGAUCGUUUGAAUGUCUUCGAGGGCUAUAGAAACUUCACCAUGCGCACUUUGGUGACCACCGACUUGAUGGCCCGUGGUGUGGACUCACCACAUGCCAAUCUAGUUAUAAAUCUCGAUCCACCCCACGAUCAUGUGACCUAUCUGCAUCGCAUUGGACGUGCUGGGCGCUUUGGAUCCAAAGGCAUAGCCAUCACUUUUAUUUCCUCCCAGAAGGAGAGCCAGAAAUUCAAGCAAAUGUCCCACAAAGUGGCUACGGCUUGGUCUGUCCUAGAGUUUCCCAAGGAACCGAUGCCCAAGGACUUUAACUUUUGGGAUUUCGACAAGUACAAUUUCGGGUAUUUCAUUAAAGAGACCAAUCCGCAACAGGAAAUGCCUGCGAAGCGUACCCAACCUGAUGUAAAAGCAAACGAUGUACCAAAUAAGGAAGAAGUGAAGAAUGAUCUGGAGAAUUCGGAUGUUGCUUCCAGAAAACAACCCGAGGUCUUAGAAAAUCCUCAAUUGGAGAAUAAUGCCAGCAAUAUGCCUAACAACUUGGAGAAUGAUACAGAUAAUUCACAAGUUGUUGCCAAAAAUAUGCCAGAGGCCUUAGAAAAUGUUAAUUCAUAUGAUCAAUUGAAGGAAGCUGUUAAAGAUAAAGACCAGGGAAAACCCAAUGAUAACUCUUUCAAAGAUAAACUAGACUUGGAAAUCGUACCAGGUACUUCGAAAAAAAUUGUUAGUCCUAAAAUCAAAGAAUUAAAAGAGGUCGAAAAAGAAAUGUUUAAGCAAGAUAAAAAAGAUGCCUUGUUGAAGACUUCCAAACCCGAAGAAGAAAUUUCAAAAGACAAAGACACUGCAAUUAAAAAGCCAGUAAAACCCAAGCAACCUCUUACUACAAGCAAACUUUUUGUAGAUGCUUUAUCACAGAUCGAAAAACAAACAACUAAUACUGAAAAUCAGGAAAUGCAGCUAACACCAGUAAUCACAGUAAAUGAAUAUUAUAUAGACAACAACAUCGAUGAAAGCAUGGGCCCAACUGACGACAAAGAAAAUAAGCCUAAUAAUGGAACAGUCACCACACUUCAGACAAAGAAUACUAUAAACCCGGAAGAGAUGAUUUCCCCCGAAUUGACAACAACUUUAACACCACUGGAUUUAACCCAGGAGCCAUCGCCAUCCACUGUGACACCACCUGCGCCACCAGCCAACUCGAUUAACAACAAGACCUAUUGUCUGGCGGCUCCAACACAGACUAGCUCGAUGACCAUUCAGAACAUGGUUAUAUCGAACACGGUGGACGAUGCCAGUAGCAUAAGUUCGGAUAGUAUGGGAUGUGGCUAUCAUAGUGAAAAAUCCUACGAAACUAUCUUUUCCACCAGUGAUGAGGAGCUAAUCUGGAAGAGAUUGCAGACUAAAAAGAAAAGGCGUCAACUGAAGAAAGUCAAGGGAAAACGCCGUAAGCUUCUCUACAAAAGGCGUCAACUGAAGAAAAUCAAGGGAAAACGUCGUCAGCUUCUCUACAAACUAAAAAAAAAUCAUUACUUGAAGGCUAAACGUAAUUUAAAACCAAAGUUACAGUAUGUACAUAAAAAUGCAUCACUUUUGCCAGGUAAUAAUCAAUAUUAUCUGUUCAAGAAAAUGAAAAAUCGUGAUAGCAUUUUGAAACGCCUGUUCAACUACAGUAACGACAACAAAAUGACUAAUACAGAUAAUGCCAUCUUGCUGGAUAAUGUCUAUCUCACCAUCCUCGAACUUUUCUACAAUAGUGAUGAGGAUAAAAAGCAAGUAUUAGAGUCGCAGAAGGAGGACUUAGUUUCCCUUGGAUAUAGCCCGAGCCAGGAGUCUCUAAUUUUGGAGAAACCAGAACCGCAGAAUAUGCUGAGUGUUCAUGUGAUCCAUCAGAUGGACAUUCCACCGCUGCCACAGGCAGCCGAUGAAGGGGCCGCAGGAAGUGGAUCCGAUAUGGACGCCUCGGAGGAGUACAACGAAGGGGAAGAGGACUUUGAUGAUGAUGAGGACGAUGACAGCGGCGAACUCAAUUCAUCGAGUGGUUUUGUGGAAAGCAACGAGAGUGCUUCAUCCGGAAUUGAUACCUCUGUUUACGAGACAAACUCCACUGGCGAGGAAUACGAAUAUGAAACGGAUGAAGAAAGCUAUGGAAUUUCUCAUUCCUCGGAGGAAGAAUACGAUGAUGAGGAAGAUGAUGAGUUGGAGCCCUUCGAAGAUGGUGUCCAAGCCGAAGAAGAACAGGAGGAAGAGGCUCUGAGCAACAUCAGCGUAGCUGGAUCAAGCUCGCAAGGAUCUGUUGAAGAAAGCAGCAACGAUGAUUCUUCGGAUGAUGGUUCAAAUAAUCCCAUGCUGCCAACGAACAAUGCCCAAUCGCAGUGGAUGCAGACUUUUAACGCGCAGUUCCAAUUUAUUGCCUCCCAUGUGGCCAGCCACAUGGAUAACUAUAUCUAAAUUGCUAUGGAAGCAAAACUAGUCGAAGCUCAGGCAUAAUCAUAAACAAAUCAUUCACAAAUGAAACGGAUCAGUUCCACGAGGCUGUAUCAGCCUCUCUCUCUCUAUCUAUCUUUACAUCUUUAUAUCUUAGCCUGUUAACACUUCUUCCUUCAUUGGAAUACUCAUUAUCAAGAUAGUUGAUACCAUGUUAUGAAUUUUGGAAUACGAACGAUGAAUGUUUUAUAUGCAAACAAUAAAUUGCAGACUUUGUUACCAAAAAAUACGAAUUUUCAAUUGG